AUGUCAAAAUAAUGGCAAAUCCAUUAAAGUUUGCAAGAGAGUUUAUGCUCAUCUCUCAAUAAAGAUGAAAUUCUUGAAGAGUUUUUAAACAUUUGUAGUUAUAUAUCAUAAGAAGAUUAAAAUAGUAUUAAGAGUUUAAAUUCAAAAAUAUAAACCAUUAAAAAACACUAUGCUUAAUAAAAAUGUAGAAUUGAACAUCAAUUUAAAUACAUUUAAACUUUAUUAGAAUAGAAAAAGAAAGAGUUAAUUACUUUAUUAAAUAAUCAUGAAUAAGAAUUGGAUAAAACAUUCAAAAAUUUACAUGAAAAAGUAACUCAAAUAUAAUCUGUUAUUUUUAACAUCUAAAAUGAUAUUCUAAGUAAUAGAUAAGAAAUUGUAUCAGAAGUUGAUGAUGAUACCUUUCACAAUAUUCUUUCUUAAUUUGAUUAAGAAAUACAAAUGACUUAAAAAUACAAAAAAGAAAUACUUUCAUCUAAAAUUACUCUUAUUAUUAUUGAAGAAUGGUCUUCACAUCAUUAAGAUGUAAUCAAAAAUUUACUUAAUUAAUGCAUAACUAUUAAAGACUAUUAAAAGUAAAUUGAAACAUAACAUUCAGAAUUAAGUGCUUCAACAAGUAGUGAGAAGUUUAGUUCAUCAAAUAGAUCCAGUUAAGAACUCUACAUGAAAUAAUAAACUCCUUUGAUAGUAAGUUUUGAUUAAAAAUAUUUUCUAACCUAAAAAUAAAUUGAGAUAUCAAAAUCUGAUUCUGAUAUGCAUGAUAGUUGUGAAUCUGAUUUUCUUAAAGAACUAUCAUAAUCCUGAAUUGUUAGAAUUGUGG